GGUAGAGUCCAAUUUGAAGUUGAUUACUUCAUUUCAUUCAAAUCCAACUUGCAAAGGUGCAAGUCAGUCUUCCAUAGUCAGAACUCAGAACGACGGGUAAAGCCACCAUGGGUAGCGUGAAGAGAGAGAAUGAAGAAGAAGAAGAUGGCACCAAUGAUCUUAUCCAAUCCCUCUUGGCCAAUCCUCAUGCACAAGACCAACCUUUUCAGGAUCAGGAUCAACAACGAUUCAGCAACAAGCUCUGGAUUGAAACCAAGAACCUAUGGAUCAUCGUUGGCCCCUCCAUCUUCAGCCGCCUCGCCUCAUUCACCAUGAACGUCGUCACUCAAGCCUUCGCCGGCCACCUCGGCGACGUCCAACUCGCCGCCAUCUCCAUCGCCAACACCGUCAUCGUUGGCUUUAAUUUCGGCCUCCUAUUGGGGAUGGCAAGUGCGUUGGAGACGCUGUGCGGUCAAGCGUUUGGUGCGAAGAGGUAUCACAUGCUGGGGAUUUACAUGCAGAGGUCAUGGAUUGUUCUGUUUCUGUGCUGUUUCCUGUUGCUUCCGUUUUACGUUUUUGCAACUCCGAUUCUGAAGCUUCUGGGGCAGCCAGAUGAGGUUGCGGAGUGGAGUGGUGUGGUGGCGGUGUGGCUGAUUCCUCUGCAUUUCAGUUUCGCGUUUCAGUUCCCUCUGCAGAGGUUUCUCCAGUGCCAGCUGAAGACUGCUGUGAUUGCUUGGGUUUCGUUGCUGGGUUUGGUGGUUAAUGUUUUCACUAGCUGGCUCUUGAUUUAUGUGUUGGAUUUUGGGCUUCUUGGUGCUGCUAUUGCUCUGGAUGUUUCUUGGUGGGUUCUGGUUUUUGGAAUGUUUGCUUAUGCUGCUUAUGGUGGGUGUCCUUUGACAUGGGGUGGUUUUUCCAUGGAAGCUUUUAGUGGACUAUGGGAGUUUCUCAAACUCUCUUUUGCUUCUGGGGUCAUGCUCUGCUUAGAGAACUGGUACUACAGGAUACUGUUACUCAUGACAGGGAAGUUGAAGAAUGCUACUGUUGCUGUUGAUGCCUUGUCGGUGUGCAUGACUAUCAAUGGAUGGGAAAUGAUGAUCCCACUGGCUUUCUUCGCGGGUACUGGGGUGAGGGUGGCGAAUGAGCUAGGCGCAGGAAAUGGGAAAUCAGCAAAAUUUGCAAUGCAAGUAUCAGUGGUGCAAUCAACAGUGAUUGGUGUCGUUUUCUGCGUUCUGAUAAUGAUAUUCCAUGACCAAUUUGCUUACAUAUUCACCUCCAGCUCUUCUGUGCUUCAAGCAGUUGACGGCAUGUCGUACCUCUUAGCGGUCACCAUUCUUCUCAACAGUGUUCAGCCUGUUUUGUCAGGAGUGGCAGUUGGUUCUGGAUGGCAAGCAUUUGUAGCAUACAUAAACAUAGGGUGCUACUACCUCAUUGGGCUUCCACUUGGAAUUCUUAUGGGAUGGGUCUUCGACACUGGCGUUGCUGGCAUCUGGGGUGGGAUGAUAUUUGGUGGCACAGCAAUACAAACGGUGAUACUGAUCAUAGUCACAUUACGAUGUGAUUGGGAUAAAGAGGCUAUGAAGCUAGCUCACGUGUAGAGAAGUGGUCAACCCCUGACCCAAUUGACCAGAAUGAGAACUCCACCUAAUGUUUAGAUUUAGGCAACAAUGGAGUUAACCAUACAUACACACCAAUCUCAGUCCAUUUUUUUGAGAUUUGCAAUUAUAUGUUAUAAUUGAUAUAUAAUAUAUAUUAGUUCUUUCAAUUCAAACAUUCUUUAGAGGUUGAUAUGUGUUAUUGUAUUAGUUGAGUUUCUUAAAUCCCCGCCUAUAACUCAAGAGAGUGAAUCCAACUUUAGUCUUUAGGAUGGAAAAAUAUAUGUUCUUUGUCAAUUUGAUAAGGAUUAAUCUGACUUUCUCUUUUUAUUUGCAGCAUUGCUGUACCGGGAUGAGUAAUAAGAUGAGGGAAAGUGAUGAAACACAUGAUCGACCCGGUCAUUCUAGAUUUGAUUUGUUGUUGUUCAUCUGUCGUUGAGAAUCACCUUUUCUUUCUGUUCAUCUGUCAACAACUAUAGGCUAUAAAUUAGAUUUCCUUGUUAUUUAGCAUUCGGAUUGUUGCGUCUUGCAAAAGACUAGGAGAGUUUGAGAGAAUGUAAAAAGAAGUGUGAAAUUUUUCUUGAAGUUUCUUAUAGACGUACACUAAUAUCAGUUAAAAUGGAUUUGGCUCCAAGAACCUACAGGCUUAUCUUGUUAGUUCAGCAUGCAGAACAAUUAUGCAGCCGAAGUUGGUGAUUUCAGAUUCAUUUUUACCAGAAUUCCAAUGAAGGUUAAGGCUUUAUCAUGGAGAAAUUUGGUAAAGAGGGGUAUUGUUAUAUUUUGUAAUUAAAUUUGGUGUAGAGGGGUGUUGUGUUGCCAGAGGAAUAAGCAAGGCGUGUAUCAUAUGGGCUGGCAGAUUGGAGUUCAAUUUAUAUAUUUUUCGAAUGGAAGGGAGUAUACAAAGAUUUGCAUUAUUGUUGACAAUAAUUAGGACUUUUCUAGGCCUGCCUUCUUGUAAUGCUAAUAUAACGCUAUAUGCUCCUCUCUGGUUGGUUAUCAAUAGAUGUAUUAGACUUACUGAUAUGCAGUCCAUUUGAUUCA